UCAUGGAGCGCUGCCGCCGGCACCUGUUGUGCUACGGCGACUCCUUUUGCCCCGUUCCCUCUGUGUGUCUGUGUCGCCACCCGCCCCGGUUCGGACGAUGCGGGCCGUGCUGCUGAUGGCCGCUCAGGCCGUGCUGGCAGCGAGCCGUGCGGCCGCCGGGUCCUCGCCCAACGCCACGGAGCCGCAGCGGCACGAGGAGCGGGAGCCCGGGAGCCGUGAGGGCGAGCCCGUGCCGGGUCCUGACUACGAGGAGGAUGAGGAGGAGUACGAGGAGGCGCCGCCCGUCCACCAGUACAUCGUGGACGACUUGAUCCGAGUUGAACCUGUGGUUAAACCCAAGCCAGCAAAGAGGGGGGGAGAGAAGAGUGCUGGCAAAUCAAGAAGGAAGAAAAACAGAGGGAAAAACAAGAAGAAAGGGACUCCCUGUGAAAUGGAAUACAAAAACUUUUGCAUCCAUGGAGAAUGCAUAUACCUAGAACAUCUCCAGAUGGUGACCUGCAAGUGUCAUCAGGAUUUUUUUGGUGAGCGCUGUGGUGAACAGUUCAUGAAGACUCAAAGGAAGAAUGAUGUGGCAGACUACUCAAAGACUGUGCUGGUAGUGGUAGCUGUGCUGCUCUCAAGCGUCAGCUUCAUUACUGUACUUAUCAUUGUGAUAGUGCAGGUCAGGAAAAAGUGUCCUCGGUAUGACGAGAAAGAAGAAAGGAAAAAACUCCGACAAGAAAACAGAAAUGGCCAUGUUGGUGUGUAAAUGGGGAGAAAGCAGAGCAAUUCUGAAGUGGCCAUUGCCAAACUGCGGGGUACCUCUGGCUACCUGACACAUCCACCUGGACACUGUGGGCUGGAGCUGUUGCCACUAAGCCCUGAUUCAUCAAGAGAGAGGCUGCUGCAAGGAGAUGUCAACAGGCCACUUGCUGCUGAAUCACUUGCUGAGGAGACCAGUUAUCACUGCAUCUUGGCACAACGAUGUGGAAGGAGCUGGCUCGUUGGGGGACAGUACCUGUUGUCAACACCUGCUGGAGACUACUGCUACUGAGCCUUCUCUCUCUCUGCUAGAGCUCCAGUCUCAGCUGUUGUGCGGAUGGACUUUAUUCUCUUAGAAAGUCUCCUGUGGCAGCUCUAACUCCAAGGGGGAGAACGUGUUGCUGCUUUCAGGACUGGAUGGAGGGGAGGAAAUUCCCUUCCUUCGCUCUGCAAAAGCGAGAAAGAGGUUGGGAUGGCUUCUCUCCUUAGAUCCCAGUGGAUGAAAAACCUAAUUCUGUUGUCACUGUGCUCCCUGUCCAUAUUGGCUUCCAAGAGCUUCGUCUGUAGAUGGAGCUUGCAGGGCGUUGGUGACAGAUCUUUGUCAGCCACACCUGGCUUCUGUUUCUGUGUGUGUGGAAGUAAUCUGUGGAGUUCUGUGUGACAUAUGGUGAGUGGAGCUAUCCAUUUCUUUGUGUGGAGUUCUGUGGGACAUGUGGUGUGAGUGGAGCUAUCCAUUUCUGUGUGUGGAGUUCUGUGGGACAUGUGGUGUGAGUGGAGCUAUCCAUUUCUGUGUGUGGAGUUCUGUGGGACAUGUGGUGUGAGUGGAGCUAUCCAUUUGCGUGUGUGCUAGCCCGAGUUAAAAUUAGUCUCCUCAGGAUGCUGAGACAGUGGAUGCAAGACCUGAAGCUUUGCAUCUAAAGGCCAAGAUCCGUGCUCCAGCCAACUGAUAAGGCUGGACCCAUCUCUUCUAAACACAAAGCUACUUCUGUUAAACAGACACUUGUUGCUGCUGCUUUAAGCAGUGCUUAAAUAUAAAAGGCUUCCCAUCAGUUUAACUUGACUAAGAACCUGUUCCUUUGAAGAAUUUAAUUCAGGCACUGAUGCUUUGCAGGCAGUGGUCUCUUGUGCUCUGACUUCAGGGGUGAAGGACUCAUCUUACCUCAGUCUCUUCUGACCCAGGUGUCCUUGUUUUCUUAACUGUCCAUGCAGUCUUGAGCAGGGCGUAUUAUUUGAGUUCAGCUUCUUCUUGGAAGAGUGAUUGUGUUCUGUCUAAACAGGGCAGAAUUCUUUUGCUAGCAGAAAAAACCCAUUAAUUGUCAAGUUGUAUCUGUAAAUGUGUAAAUAUUUAUUACUGUAUUUAAUAUUUAAAUUUUCCAUAACAAACUUAUUUAUUUUAUG